UUUUCAUUUAGUUUCGUUUUCACUAUAUCGGGCAUAAUUAAUUUGAUAUUUUUGUUAUACUCAUAAAAAUGAGUUUAAUUUAUAUGAACAAAAUGUUUAGAUUAUUUGAUUACUCGAAGAUAAAAUAUCGAUUUUUAUGAUUAUAAAUCGAAAUGAAAAUUGAUUUCUAAUAAAAAGUACAUUAUUGUAUAUACAUAUUAUUAUAUAUUUUGUGACAUACGAAGAGUUUUACAGUUAAUUACAAUGUUGUCGCGAAAAAAUAAAGACUUAAGAACAAUAAAAGAAGGAGUUGUGGGCAAAUAUAUUAAGAAAGAGACACCGCCUGAGAUGCCAAUUAUCAAUGUAUGGACGACAGAACCAAACAGAAGAGUAAGACGACGAAAUCAUCCUACAAUACCAUCAUCGAUGUCUAUUCCACAACAACCAAGUAUAGUACAAAAAUUUGGAAAUACAAAAACUACAAUGAGCGCUGUUGGAUUAGGUAGCCACGAAGGAAAAUAUACUCCAAAUAGUUCAGUCCCAGACUUAGCGCAAAGAUUUGCAGGUCUCUCUGUUAAUACUGGAUUAAAUGAAGGUAUGUCUUCUCGUACUGCUACACCAUUAUAUCAUUCAGGAUUAUCACCUGCUGUAUCACAUACUUAUGUCAAUCAAUAUGCUGGGUCUGAAUAUCAUCUGGACCGUGUUCAGACUCCACAAGUGCCUUAUUUACCAUUUGAUGUAGAUACAGGUUAUGAAGAAUAUAAUCAGUCAGUAUAUCGUCAAAAUGCCGGAUAUAGUAGAUGUCAGUCAGAAAGAUCAAGUUCUAGAAGCGAACAACAAGAAGAAUUACCUUUACCGCCUGGUUGGUCGGUAGAUUUUACACUUAGAGGUAGAAAGUAUUAUAUAGAUCAUAAUACAAAAACUACUCAUUGGUCGCAUCCUCUAGAAAAAGAAGGUUUGCCCACUGGCUGGGAAAGAAUAGAAUCACCAGAAUAUGGUGUCUAUUAUGUUAAUCACAUAACAAGACAAGCGCAAUAUGAGCAUCCAUGUUAUCCGCACGAAGUACAAGCUAUAAGAGUAGUAUCACCUCCUAGACAUACACAUUUUCAUUCUCACAGUGUCUUAGUACCAGCGAAUCCGUAUCUUAAUGAAGAAAUUCCUCAUUGGUUGUAUGUGUAUAGUAGAGCAUCCAUUGCAUUAGAUCGUAAAUUACGAUGGGAGCUCUUUCGUUUACCAGAACUUGAUUGUUUCAAUGCAAUGCUGACAAGACUUUACAAACAAGAAUUGGAAGAAGUGGUUAUGAGAUAUGAAGAAUACAGGUCAGCUUUGUUAUGUGAAAUGGAACAAAGAUUGAAAGAUUUAAAUCCUGAAACAGGAAAUUCUUCGUCAGGUGCAAUAGCUUUACGACGAUCUCUUCCUUAAGUUUCAUAUGAUAUGAUUGCAGGCAACUUAUCUAUUGUUAUUGACUGAGUUAUUGGUUCCUUUGUUAAAUUAAUGUGUCAACAAAUAUCCUGAUAUUCUUUAAAUUUGUAAAUAACAAAUAAUACUUAUUAUUUUAA